GCAAGCGUUUGCAUCGCGCACAGUUUAACUACAGCCAGAGAGUCAAGUAAGAGAGCUCCUGUCUGGCAUUGAGAAGCCACACAAAGGAUAAACACACAAGGAAUUCGAUAGUCCUCGCUGCGUCUUGUUUACCGGAAAGCCGGCGCCAUUGUGUCGCCAAACCGUCUACGUGCCUUGUAGAGAUAUUUGUAGCUAGCAUUCCAGCGCCCAGAAAUCUAAUACCAAACCGCAACUAUGUCAGCGCCCAUUAAGUUUAUAAUUGCUGGCUUCUGCCUGCUGGCCACCGCCUACAAUAUCCGAGCACACGAACAUCAGCAUUUGCAGUGCUGGCACUGCAGCUCGAGCACCAUUGGCUCGGAGGACUUUUGCGAUGUGACAUUCCAGGAGGAUAACAUACCCACGGAGCUGAUCAAGGAGCGCAAUAUAAAUCUGUUGCGCAGCUGCAACAGCUCCAUUAACUCGGAUCACGAGCGCGCCGUUUGCCGCAAAACCGUCGAGGAGUACGAUGGCAAAAUCGUCACCAAACGCUUUUGCUACUACACCAACAAAUCGGAUCCCGUGGAGCUGUGCAAUGUGACAACCCCGGAGAAGAAUGUGCGCCGAAUAUUCUGCGAGGAUUGCCUGACUGAUCGCUGCAAUGGCGCCGCCGGCCUCGCAGCCAUCUUUGCGGCCAUUCUGUUGCCGGCUAUGGCCCUGGCCGACCAGUUGGCCAACUAAGAUGGCCACGUCGCCUCGAUCGUAUCUCUAUUUUUAGUUGGAACGUGAUAUUUUAUUUAGCUAGUCCCACAGCUGAGCCAUUCGCUGAUUAACAUUAAUACUUUACUUAGUUUAGUUAUAGGCGUAUUAUACUUUCGUAGUCCCUCGUAAACCCCAUUUUAUUUAAGGUUUUAAUCUACAAUUAUUUGAUUCAUUUAGUGAAUUACUUUAGGGUGCAUUUCAUGAUUUGCUUAAAUCGAUUUUAACUUAACACUCAGAUAAAUAAAUAGCU